CUCCAGCUAUAACAGGUCUAUUACCAUUAUUUCAAGAAAAUGCCCACACACCUGCUAUGAUUCAACAUUCAAUGAAAGUGAUAGCUCAAGGUACACAAUACUUGAAUCCAGGACAAACACCUAUUAUAUGUAUGGAUCAGCCACUAUUUGCCUUAGCCAAGCAAAUUCAGUGGAAUAGUCCAAACCUGUAUAGGGAGGAAAAGUAUUUAGUAAUKAUGGGCGGAUUGCAUAUUGAAAUGRCAUCACUGWAAAUGUUGGGACACUGSUUAAGAAACAGUAGCUGGGAUGCCGCUCUAGUCCAAGCAGAUGUAACAACACCAGGAAGAGCAGAUGCUAUCCUGAAGGGUUCUCACAUCACAAGAGSAAGAUAYGUACAUCAAAUUAGUGCAUGUGCACUGUUCGUCUUACAGAAAGCUGCAUACCAAGCAUAUCUAAAUAGCUGUSGAUAUCAAGUACCGCUAGAUUCCACCAACUGGAUCAAGASAGAAAGCGAAAAGCACGCACAGUUUCUUGAUUGGGCGACAGUACUCGACYUAGAAUUGCUGGUCCUAGAAUAUGUACRGUCUGUUAGAGAGGGCAAAUUUGCCUUGUAUGUCCAGAUCCUUGGUAAGCUACUUCCAUGGUUCUUUGCGCUUGAUUUGAUAAAUUACUCUAGGUGGCUUCCAGUUCAUUUAAUUAAGAGAUCUAAUGGCACUUCAAGAAAGGCAUCCGAACAUCCACAGAAAGUUCACAGCAGGGAAGUUUGUUGUUCAAAAAACAAAGAAUGCUUUCUCUGUGAUUCUGAUUCAUUAGUUAAAGCCAAUCUGAAAACUCUCGAGCAAAGGCGCAAUGAGAAGUGUAAGGAAUUCGUUUGGGACAUCAGAGUCAAACCAGACAGAUCGAGUUGUAACCUCUUGUCAUGGCAUGUCUUUAAGAUCUGGAAAUAAUCUUCGCCCCAAUCGUGUACAAACUAAUUGGCCCCCAAAAUUUUGUAAUUGUAAUUGUAAUUGUAAUUGUAAUUGUAAGUGUUUUUGUCCUUUUCCAAUUAUUUACCAAGCCUGUAAUUCAUUAUCAUCAUUACUGCUAGUGGCCUUAAGACACAGUAUUAUUAUUAUUAUUAUUGCCCUUGAUCAAAAUCACGAACAGCAGAAUGAAAUCAUCAAAGGAGAUGGAGGGGCUGUGGGGCUCACAGAAAGUGCUACUGCAUUGCGACGCUGGAUGGUGGUAGGGCCUACCACCAUCUAAGUACCUAGAGUUGUCCAAGAGUUUGAGUCAACCUUUAUUCUGUCAAGGAAAGACAAAACUCUCCACCACGAGCAAGUAGCACAUGUUCAAAAUGCCUUUACAAGAGAUGUUACCAAUAUAAUAAAUGAGAUUAAGCCAUGGGAAAUCCCUUUGAAGARGAUUCAAAUGAUCUUUUAGUACUUGACAUAGAAGCGGUGAAGACAGCAAAAGAGAAAGGAGAGUCGCAGUAUACCACAUAUGUAGAAGAACGAUUGAACAAGUGCUCAACGCCAAUUACCGAUGUCAUCAAGAAAAACAACUUGCCACUCUUUGGUUCAAAUGGAACUUCGUCAGGAAAUACAAACACAAAAAUGGCGUCUUUAAAAAGUGAUUGCAAUCUUUUUUAAAGACUCUACGUUGCUUGUCAAGCAAGACAGAGCAACCUAGAAGAUUUUUUCAAGCAUGAAAAUGAAGUUAUCAGCUCUAACAAAGAUCUCAGCAAAUUAAAGUAUCUGUCCAUGUAAUUACGAAGAAGCAGAUACUCGAAUGKUUGUUCACGCAAAGCACGCCAUUGCCUCCGGCAAUAAAAGGAUCAACAUUCGAACUGUUGACACAGAUGUAGUCGUGCUAGCAGUUGCAAACAUUUCAAAGCUAGACCUUGAUGAGCUUUUGAUAGCCUUUGGUGUUGGAUGACAUUUACGAUAUCUCCCUGUCCACCAAAUAACAAAUACAAGAUGAAAUUUGCCAAGGUCUCCCUUUUUUUCUCUCCCUGACAGGAUGUGAAGAGGAAAAAAGACCGCAUGGAAUGCAUGGAAAUCUAUUUAACAGAAGCAGAAGCUUUCCGUCACCUAUUAACACCUCAAAGUGACGUGUCAGACAAAUAGUUCUCAAUAAUAGAAAGGUUUGUUAUAAUUUUGUACAGCCGCAAAUGUCCUCUGRUUUCCAUUAAUGAAACUCCCCAGUCUCUUUUUGCCCAAGGAGCGCGAACAAUCGAAAAUAUCCCACCGACAAAAGAUGCUCUUCAUCARCAUWUCAAGARAGCGGCUUUUCAAGCCUGCCAAGUUUGGGGCCAAGCCCUUGAUCCUUAACAGAUCCUACCAAGUCUUUCUCAAUGGGGCUGGACUGAGACUGAAGAUGGUUGGAUACCUAUCUGGACCACGAUAUAUCCAGCGGCCAGUGUUUGUAGUUUGAUUAAAUGCGGCUGUAAAAAAGCGUGCAGAGGAUUGUGCAAAUGUACAAAGGCUAAUCUAAUUGUAGCUUGUACAGCGCUUUGUAAGUGCAGUGGAAAUUGCUUUCAAGACUGAAGGUCAGAAGAAAAAAARUUCUUUGUACCACAGGAAUCCCAAGAAAUGUUU